AUAUUUUAAAAAAAGGUAAAAUGCUACUAAGCCCUUUGCUGGAACGGUAAAGGUUUCUUCAUUAAAGACUCAAUCUGAACACAAAGGUUGUUAUGGUACAGUGACUUACAAUGUAAUAAUGACACCGCUGAUGUACAAACACACACAUUACUACCACAUAAAUACUGUAUUUUCUGUGCACUGCUAAACAUAUACAUUCCAUAGGUCUCAUCUACUUCACCAUACUGUAUAAAAGUAUUGUGGAAAAAGACUAAAACUAAUUAAAAUGUCUAAAGACUGAUUGUUGAUUUUAUGAUUUGGUCUUCCCAGAGGAACCUCUAUUUCAUUUCUUUUCUGCUGUUCCAUUAGCAGGUGAACACAACUCGCAUUUUCCUGCAUUAUUUAUUGAUACUGAGACGUUAUACAGUGGGCGCGGUCAACCCAACCGAAGAUGUGACCGUUUCAUUCUGGCACACUUCUAUUUCUGACCACAUGCCAGAAGUACCCCUCCUCGAGCUUAUCUCAGGUCUGUGUGUGCUUCAAUGACAGAGGGUCUACACACCUUAUCAGUUUGUCAUUACAUUCUUGGCCCCAGUUGUCAGCCCUUUCGCCAUUUAUGGCUACAUGAAGAACUAUCAGUCUCCUCCAGUGACCAUCAAUGCACCAGGGCCUCAUAGACACCCCACCUCUGUGUAGUGGGUAUAAAAAGACAGUCUGUGUUAGCGAGAAGAAUCUGCCUUUGUUGCUAUGGAAUCACUGACUUCUUCCAGCCACAGAUCCUCAUCAUCCUGUCGCUCAUCAGCCCGGUACAGCACCUCCAGUUGCUUUCGGUCAGAGAGCUCACUGCCCGGAUCACGUGAUACGCUGGAUUCACUUCUACAACCUUUCGACUCACCCGAGUCUUCCACUCUGUUUUGGGAAGAGGGCAAGGACCCAUUCGCCAGGCACAGCAGAUGCUCUUAUGGACACAGCACUCCAGUGCCGGGUUGUCAGAGCAUCGCUGGUGGCGGCGGCGUGCAGUGUGUAGGAGAUAGGUACCACGUGUCAACGGACGUCAGCCAAUUUGAGCCACAGGAUGUUGUGGUGAUGGCGUAUAACCACCAUGUUGUCAUUCACGCUGAGAAGGUCAUGGACGACGGGAGCAUCAGUGACACAUUUACCCAUAAGUCCCUGUUUCCUAAGGACAUGAACCCCCUGUCUGUGCGUGGGACCAUUAACCAUGAUGGCAUCUUGGUUGUGAGCGUCCACCGUGGAAACACUGCAGAUGACCAGGAGCCUCUGGCAGUCCCUACCAAAGAAACGCACCUUUGACCGAUGAGCUCUAAGUUCAGUUGAGAGCUCAGCUUCUGUUCUGUAGACAGGAGAUUUCAGUCUUGUUAGGGAUUAUUCAUUUUACCUUUGAGGAUGACUUGUGGCUCGCUCUUCCAGAAAAGUAUUAUUUCCUGUAGAAUGCAUUUUUUUGAAUACUUUCUUUCCUUGGGACACAAACUUACGCAAAUCUGCAACAUUUGGCACAACCAUAAACAAAACAUAAUAUCAGCUUUCAUUGGUAGUUGUAUCUGUGGCCAUUGGAAAGCUAAUCAGUAAAAAUGAAGCAAACUUCAAAUUCCAAAUCCCAAUUUUGCUGCAUUAAUUGUCAUUUUUGUGAUCCUCACAAUAAUUUGUUUUUUCAGUACUGUACUGUAACUAUUGUCUUACGAAAUACUGACGCAGAAAUUUGGCUAAUACAUGGAAGUAAAGACACUACCCAGACUUUUUUUUAAACACUUAUUGAAGCAACAAUGGACUGCACAGUGGUUGAGUGGUUAGCACGCAGGCCUCACAGCUAGGAGACCCGAGUUCAAUUCCACCCUCGGCUAUCGGUGUGUGGAAUUUGUAUGUUCUCCGGGGACUCUGGUUUCCUCCCACCUUCCAAAAACAUGCUAGGUUAAUUGGUUAAUCAGUCCUCUCGGCUGACAGCUGGGAUAGGCUCCAGCACCUCCCGUGACCCUCGUUAGGAUAAGCGGUAGAAAAUAAAUAAAUAAAUGAAUGAAUGACGCAACAGCCACGUUUACAUGGACCCAAAUAUUCCAAUUCCAUUCGGGUUAUUUGCUCAAAAGGAAAGAAUCUAACCUUUGUAUACACCUCAUUCCGAAAGAAAAAUGCCAAUCCGAAUGAAUAUAUAAUCGGAAUCACACGGGUGGAAUAUUCCUUUCCCCAAUCCGAUUGAGGUAUCUUGUACCCGCUCAAUCGGAAAGUUGUCACGGUGCGUUCUUUCAGCGAAUGCUCAGCUUUGACGUAACACGCAGACGUCUCUCAGGUUUUGAAAAUGGCGGUGAGCAGUCAUCACUGGACUACAGCGGAAAGUUCGUUUUUGAUACAAACUUUAAAAGAACUGAACGUUCAAGUUACUGCUUUAAAAAAAAAAGCGUAGCAACUGUCCCAACAACCGUGGUAAUCACUCUCUCUUGUCCGCCAUCUUCAAUGAAUCACGUGAUGUUUACGUUUUACUGCGCAUGCUCCAUUGACUAUUCCGUUUGAUUAUAGAGGUGCAUGUAGACAGGUGAUUGGAAUAUUCCUUUCCAUGUAUACACUGUCAUUCGGAAAGAUUCCAUUCGGAAAGGGGAAAAUCUCAUGUAAACGUGUCUAAUGAUCAAAUUCUAGCAAAGAAAAAUGAAUUUAAUCACUGUGGCACCACAUAAAUAAAAAAUUGCCAGAUUGUUUUCUUAUUAGUCGUUUCAUAAAACUGUAGUUUUAUAGUCCGAUUGUGCCUGUUUGUAGAACUGAAUUUGGAUUAAAGUAGACAAACUACUUCCUAUGAGUAGCCUUUCACUUGGGGAGUCAAUGUGAUGGAAUAAAGACAAAAAAACAAACAAUUCUCUAAAAAAAAUAUGACACGACACUUGCUUGUUAAAAGUAUCAUUUA